AGUAACGGGACAGACGGAUGAGCUACAGCUUUACGCAACAGCUGAGAGGUUUAUUUAGGUCGCACAUACGAUCUUAAAGAGUUAACCGAACAUUUAUUUAGUAAAUUGAGCUCAGUUUUACACACACAAGCAGAAAUGCAGGGUGGAGUUAUUUUAUCGGUUCUGCUGAUGUUGUUUUGCUGCGGUGGCGCGCUGGGUGAACGGGGACCGAAGGUGUCCAGGAGAGCGCAGAGGACUCGCGCCUGUCUGGAUAUGCCGGAGGAAGUUUUGGAGCAGAUGUUUGGGAGACUUUCGGUCGGGGUGCUCAGUGCUUUCCAUCAUACCCUUCAGCUCGCGGCACCAGAGCGCCAAAAUCUAACCUGCGCAUCAGUGGCUCGCCUUGCGCGUGACAGACUACGUACACCCGUAAACUUCCUCAGCCUUUCACCUUGGGCGUACAGAAUUUCCCACGAUCGUGCGAGGUAUCCUCGAUUUCUCCCGGAGGCGUAUUGUUUGUGUAAAGGAUGCCUGACUGGUCCAAACGGGGAGGAAAGUGACCGGUUCCGAAGCACUCCAGUGUACGUGCCCACUGUCGUAUUACGCCGUGCAGGCUCGUGUACCGGCGGUCGUCAUACCUACGUUGAGAACUACGUGUCCGUCGCCGUGGGCUGCACUUGUGUGCCGUUGUUGGACAAGAAAAAACAAAACGGCAGGAAAAGCAUGAAAAAAAUAACGCCUAUAACGGCACUUUCCACUUUACCACAGAAAUAACAGAAGUACUGAAAUUCUGACGGACAAUCCAACAAUCAAAUUGAAUUUACUUUCUACUUAUUUUCUUUUACAUGUCCGAAAGAAAUUAUACGAAAUUAAUUUUGUUAAAGCAACAAGAACUCCGCUCUUGUCUGUAGUGCCAAGCAAAGGAAAAUCAUGUGUUGCCAAAAUAUCCAUAUACAGAUCCAAAAUACUUGGAAAAAGCUAGUGAAUAUCAUGGUGUUUUAUAACUAAUGCCAUUCAGCUGUAUAAGCACAUAAAAGGGAUCACCAGAAUUUUUUCUUUUGAAAACAAGCAUGAAUUGCAUUCAU